GUAGCUCCCAACACAGUAGCGCUAUCGCCGCGCUACGCCUUCUACGGAGCUACAACCAUUUCGUAGUACCGCCUGAUUCCCAUCCGAUGGUACCACUGCUAGCGGCGCUACCAUCACCAUCCUGUCUACCACCAUACUGCCAGCACAUCUUGCCAGUGAGACCACCACUCCCCAACACCCAAGUACCAGCAUGCGAUACUGACCGUCGCAGAGGCGAAAAGCGACCCAUACCAGCCGAAUUGAAAGAUGAGAAAUACUUCGAGAGACGCCGUCGGAAUAAUCAGGCUGCUAAGAAGUCCAGGGACGCUAGGCGGAUGCGUGAAGAUCAGAUUGCGUGGCGAGCGUGUCUACUAGAACAAGAAAAUGCAUCACUACGUGCCCAUAUAACCGCUUUACGACAAGAAGCGAUGGCUUUACGCGCUCUAUUGGCUGCAAGAGACGAAGCGCCCGUGCCAUCUUCCACGACGGAUUAA